CGCGCGCCUUCGACGAUCGAUCUUUCGGGCGGGCGUCGGGACACCGUCGUCGACGACGACGUCGCACCGCCGAGUGGCGCCGUGACGCGCAGCGUGCACGCUCGUCGCUUCCUCCGCGAAACGUCGCGAGAUCGCACGGAACCAGUAUGGCCGUAGGACCUCAGCUGUUUUCACGUCGCUGCCAGCGUAUCUGAGUGACAAACGAGAUUUAUCGCCAGCACCGCCGCCGGCUUGAUCCGACGCUGAGUUGAAAGAAACGCAGAGAAAAUGUCGUCGGUUAAGGUGGCGGUGAGGGUACGGCCCUUCAACCAUCGCGAGAUCGUUCGUGAGGCACAAUGCAUCAUAGAGAUGACUGGAAGCACUACUUCCAUAGUAAAUCCCAAGGCCACGCCUGGAAGCAAAGAAGCCGUCAAAAGCUUCAAUUACGAUUAUUCCUACUUUUCAAUGGACCCAAAUGAUGAGAACUAUUCGACUCAGCUCAUGGUUUACAAAGAUAUCGGGGAAGAAAUGUUGGAACAUGCUUUCGAAGGUUACAACGUUUGCAUUUUUGCAUACGGCCAAACUGGCGCCGGUAAAUCAUAUACCAUGAUGGGUAAGCAGGAGGAGGGGCAAGAGGGAAUAAUACCACAGAUCUGCAAGGAUCUGUUUAGGAAAAUCAGUUAUACCUCUAACGAGCGACUCAAGUACUCGGUAGAGGUGAGCUACAUGGAGAUCUAUUGCGAGCGAGUGCGCGAUUUGUUGAACCCGAAGAAUCGGGGAAAUCUACGAGUGAGGGAACAUCCUCUCUACGGACCCUAUGUCGAAGAUCUCUCCAAGCUGGCCGUAAUGUCGUAUGAAGACAUCCACGAUCUCAUAGAUGAGGGUAACAAGGCCAGAACUGUCGCAGCAACCAACAUGAAUGAGACAUCCAGCAGAUCGCACGCGGUCUUCACGAUAUUCUUCACGCAACAGCAACAAGACAACACCACCGGUUUGAUGACGGAAAAGGUCAGCAAGAUAUCGCUGGUGGACCUGGCUGGAUCCGAGCGAGCCGAUUCGACUGGCGCAAAGGGGACGCGAUUGAAGGAGGGAGCUAAUAUUAAUAAGAGCCUGACGACUCUUGGAAAAGUCAUCAGCGCCCUGGCCGAAAUUGCGGCGACUAAAAAGAAGAAGAAAGCCGACUUCAUACCCUACAGAGAUUCCGUUUUAACGUGGUUGUUACGAGAGAACCUAGGAGGAAAUUCAAAAACUGCUAUGAUCGCAGCAGUUAGCCCCGCUGAUAUCAAUUAUGAUGAAACGCUUUCAACUUUACGGUACGCGGAUAGAGCUAAACAAAUUGUUUGCAAGGCCGUGGUCAACGAAGAUGCGAAUGCACGUCUUAUCAGAGAACUCAAGGAGGAAAUACAGAAACUGCGGGAGCUUUUGAAGCAGGAAGGCAUCGAUGUCCACGAAGGGCCAGAUGGCAAAGUUACGUACGAAAAGAAAGAACCUAGGGACGAAAUUAUCAGAACGAACAAGCGGAACGAAGAGAACAGCAAGGAAGCUCGGUCGAGGCUUUCUUCCCAUGCUACGUCUACCAUCGCCGAAGAAGCAGUCGAUCAACUGCAAGCAUCCGAAAAAUUGAUCGCAGAAUUGAAUGAGACAUGGGAAGAGAAGCUGAAGCGAACGGAAUCGAUCCGCCUGCAACGCGAGGCAGUAUUCGCUGAGAUGGGAGUUGCCGUGAAGGAGGACGGCGUCACCGUAGGCGUUUUCUCCCCGAAGAAGACACCUCACUUAGUGAACUUGAAUGAGGAUCCUCUCAUGUCAGAAUGCCUGAUCUAUUACAUCAAGGACGGAUUCACGCGCAUCGGUAGCGCCGAGGCCAACAUACCUCAGGACGUUCAGUUGUGCGGGCCGCACAUACUCAGCGAGCACUGCGUUUUCGAGAAUCACGAGGGCAUUAUAACGCUCAUACCGAAGAAGGGAGCCCUGAUUUACGUAAAUGGUCGCGAGGUAACCGAACCGCUCGUUCUCACGACCGGUUCCCGCGUUAUCUUGGGAAAGAGUCACGUUUUCCGAUUCAAUCAUCCGGAUCAGGUACGCGAACGAAUAGCAAAUGGAUCGCCGGCGGAAACCCCCGGCAACAACGAGCCACUGGCGGACUGGGACUUCGCGCAGGUCGAGCUACUGGAGAAACAGGGUAUUGACUUAAAAGCCGAAAUGGAUAAGAGAUUACUCGUACUGGAGGAACAAUUCCGCAAAGAGAAGGAGGAAGCGGAUCAGCUGUUUGAAGAGCAGCGAAAGAGCUAUGAAGCGCGGAUAGACGCGCUACAGAGGCAAGUGGAGGAACAGAGUAUGACAAUGUCCAUGUACAGCAGUUACACACCGGAGGACUUCAACAACAUCGAAGAAGAUAUUUUUGUCAACCCAUUGUUUGACGCAGAGAGCAACUGGACCGAGAGAGAGUUUCAACUGGCCGCUUGGGCCUUCCGCAAGUGGAAAUAUCAUCAAUUCACGAGUUUGCGAGACGAUCUUUGGGGCAACGCGAUAUUCCUUAAAGAGGCUAAUGCCAUAUCCGUUGAACUAAAAAAGAAGGUACAAUUCCAAUUUACCUUACUCACGGACACUCUUUACUCGCCGUUACCUCCGGAUCUUUUGCCCGUCAUGGACGAAGAAGAGGAAGAUGAAAGACCGUUCCCGCGCACGAUCGUUGCCGUUGAAGUUCAGGAUACGAAGAAUGGUGCUACGCAUUACUGGACGUUAGACAAACUGAGACAGCGCUUGGAGCUGAUGCGACAUGUGUACAACGAGGACUCGAGCCCCAGCACUCCGGAGGCCAAAGAGGAUAUUUUCCAAUGCCUUACUGUCUACUCUAAUCCGAAGUUCUCGCUCGCAAAUCUUUUGCCUUCGAGGCAAAGACUGGAAUUGAUGCGCGAAAUGUAUCACAACGAGGCCGAGCUCUCGCCCACCUCUCCAGACUUCAAUAUCGAGUCCAUCACAGGAGGUGAUCCAUUCUACGAUCGAUUUCCGUGGUUCCGUAUGGUCGGCAGAGCUUUUGUGUAUCUGAGUAACCUCAUGUAUCCGGUGCCGCUGAUUCACAAAGUGGCCAUCGUGAACGAAAAAGGCGACGUCAAGGGUUACUUGCGAGUUGCCGUGCAGGCCGUAGUCGAAGAGGAAAACAGCGAAUACUCAAGUGGCGUCAGACAAUCAGCGCGAAUUUCCUUCGAGGACGACUUAUUUGGUGGGCACAAGCAUAACAAACGCAGCUCGCUCUUGGCGCAAACUCUGGAGAAGAACCGACAGAUCAUGCUGCAGGAGGAGCGUGUAGUGGAAGGACACAACGAGGCCAACCAGAAGGACAUGAAGGACGAUGAUGACAUAGGAGACGCUGAUAGCGGCAGAGGCGACAGCUCGGUUUCUAGCGACAUGAAGGAAGAGGAGUUGCCGGAUCACUUGCAACCUGGUGCUGAAUUUACGUUUAGGGUAACGGUCCUACAAGCCAUGGGUAUUUCCACAGAAUAUGCCGACAUUUUCUGUCAGUUCAACUUCCUGCAUCGACAUGACGAAGCAUUCUCGACGGAACCGGUCAAGAACAUAGGCAAAGGCAAUCCACCUGGAUUUUAUCACGUGCAGAAUAUUACAGUCACGGUGACCAAGUCCUUCUUGGAGUAUCUAAAGACGCAGCCCAUCGUGUUCGAGGUGUUUGGUCAUUAUCAGCAACAUCCGCUGCACAAGGAUGCGAAGCUAGAAUACGUACGACAACCACCAAAGAGGAUGCUGCCGCCAUCCAUACCGAUCAGCCAACCAGUGCGAUCGCCGAAAUUCGGGAGCGUCUUGCCGUCACCUAGCACGUCUCACGUACAUGCCAAGUACGACGUGUUGGUGUGGUUUGAGAUUUGCGAGCUGGCGCCGAACGGCGAGUACGUGCCAUCGGUGGUAGACCAUAGCGAUGAUCUCCCUUGCCGCGGGCUGUUCCUGCUCCAUCAGGGUAUACAGCGACGCAUACGUAUUACCAUCGUGCACGAACCGGCCUCCGAAUUGAGGUGGAAGGAUGUGCGUGAGCUCGUAGUGGGCCGAAUCAGGAACACCCCGGAGCCGGAAGAGGAAGACAACGAUUCUUCGGUACUCUCAUUGGGUCUAUUCCCUGGCGAAUAUCUUGAGAUUCCCGGUGACGAUCGAACGAUGUUCCGGUUCGAAGCGGCCUGGGAUAGCUCCCUGCACAACUCGACCCUGCUCAAUCGAGUCACGUCUUAUGGAGAGCAAAUCUUCAUGACUAUUUCCGCGUAUCUCGAACUGGAAAAUUGUGGAAGACCUGCGAUAAUCACGAAGGAUCUGAGCAUGAUUAUCUAUGGAAGGGACGCCAGAGUUGGUCCGCGUUCGCUUAAGCAUCUGUUCAGUGGCAGUUACCGUAACCAGGAGGCGAACCGACUUAGCGGCGUCUACGAACUGGUGCUACGUCGUUCUUCGGAAGCAGGUAGCCCAGGAGUUCAAAGACGUCAACGUCGUGUCUUGGACACGAGUUCUACAUACGUCAGGGGCGAGGAGAAUCUGCAUGGAUGGAGACCGCGUGGAGACAGUCUCAUAUUCGAUCAUCAGUGGGAGCUCGAGAAGUUGACGAGGCUGGAGGAAGUGGAAAGAGUGCGACACACGUUGCUUCUGAGGGAGAAACUUGGCAUCGACAAGAUGCCGUUCUGCAAUAAACCUUUCCACGAUUUCACGAAGAGCGAAAAGGUAAAUGAUGUCUGUAACAUGGUAGCGAAAGCCACGAACGAGCCACACGCCAGCCCGGUGAAAUUGAAAAAUUCGACCACUAAGGACAUUUACGAGCCGUGGGAAAUGACCGAACGAGAACGCGAAUUGACAACCAAGUACAUCAAACUCAUCCAGGGUAGGAUUCCGAGCAAGGAACCGAUAUUGCUUUCCGAUGUUUCGCCUGGCGAGGACACCAUCACCGAUUUAUCUACAUCUAUGAUGUCCUCGGUCAUAUCGUCUUCGUCUCAAGAGUCAGUAUACGCGAGAGCUAGCGAUUUCUUAGAGCAGGCUGCUGAUAUAGUAGUAUGGAGCAGGUCUAAGUCGUGCCUCCUUAGGUUGAGCUCACCGGAGAGAGCUAGAUUGCAAGAGCUCCAGGAGAGCAUAUUGGCGAGCGAGUCGGCCAAUCAGACUUGCACUAUCGCACCGCCACCGCUCGGGUCGUCCUCGCCGUCGAAAGAGAACUUGGUACUGUAUGUGCCGGAAGUGGAAGAAAUACGCAUCAGUCCGGUCAUCGCGCGGAAAGGCUACUUGAACGUUCUCGAGCACAAGACCAAUGGUUGGAAAAAACGCUGGGUGGCCGUCCGCCGACCGUACGUUCUCAUUUUCCGCGAGGAAAAAGAUCCCGUCGAAAGGGCGCUCAUCAAUCUGGCUACGGCUCAAGUUGAAUACUCCGAAGAUCAGUUAGCUAUGGUGAAAGUACCGAAUACAUUUAGCGUUGUCACCAAACACCGAGGAUACUUACUGCAGACUUUAGGCGAUAAGGAAGUCUACGAUUGGCUGUAUGCAAUUAAUCCUCUCCUGGCUGGUCAAAUUAGGUCGAAACUCGCACGCAAAGGUCCAACCGCCUCGAAUAUGUGCAACGGUGCGCCGAUUGGCUUAACACCGCCAUUGGAGCAACAGAACGCUCAAACCAAGUGAGUGGUCGACACUAUGGCCGGGGUAACGAGUGCAAUAGCGAAGGCGUCGGAGAGAAUGCUGUGUUGGUCACACUCGGCCUUAGAGUCGCAAGACUUCUGUAACUUUCGAUUGCCGGUAGUCUUCGAUUGAGCGGAAUGGAGGUGAAACGAUCGUUUAAGGCUACCCGUAAUCGACGGCACAUAAUAAUAUCGACGUUUUACUUUAACACAGCGUCCCCUUAGCACGUUAUAGGAUAGUCAGGGCGAGGGAGAAAGCCCGGAGGAGGCGAUGCUCGUCUUUCGAAGAAGUUACAAACGCGCGUACAAAUGUAUUUCGCUGGCACUUGGCAAAGCGUUCGUUUUCGCGUCUCUCCGUACAUUUCGAACCCGCAUUCGAAGUGCUCCCCACGUCGAUGAGACGAAAUUACGCGCGCACGAAUGUUUUCGUUGUACUUUGAUUUCCAUGACCCACACGUUCAUGUAACUACGUGGCACCCCUUACGCAUGUAACAUGCGAGAAACGAUAGAAACGCAUUUAUGCCUAAUAAGUGUACUCCUAAGACGAUCACUGGAAACGAGAUAAGGAAUACACAUUAUAGAUAUAUCUGUAGGAAAAGUAUGCGAGAGGAAGCGAGAAAGUGGGAGAGAAAGAUAAAGAGAGAGAGAGAGAGAGAAAAAAAAGAGACAAGAGGACAUUAAGAAUUUCGUAUGCAAGCUUAACGAUUGCUUAGUCUACGGUUGAGUAUUACAAUGGAAAAAGAAAGAAGCAUUUUGAUUAAGAUUAUUUAUAUUAUCUUAGUAAGACAAUUUUCAAAUAAAGUGUUAAAAUGCGUUUUUUAUGUAAGCAUAUUUUAUCGCGACGGUUAUUUAGAAAGUAGAGUUUUAUAUGAAAAUUUAAUUAUGUAGUAAUUGCAUUCCUAUUUUUUGUAAUAAUUUUCUUUUACUUACAUUUGAUUAGAAAAAAAUCAGAUACAGCUGCUGGCCAUUCAACGUGUGAAAAGUCAUAUUAUUGUACACGUAAUCGAUUGACCGUCGCAGGAUGAAAGUGGCAUUUUCUGAUUGGGAAAUUAGAUAAUUUUUUAUUACGGUGUACUUUGUAAAAUAGGAUAAUAUUGCUUCAAUGUAUUCCAAACACGCGCACAUAUGCAACGCUCUUGAUAUCCUAAUAGAAAAAGAUUUCAACCAUGUCAGGAUAUAAAAAGCAACAGAAGUAAUAAAAAUCACUAUUUCUUCGAGCACGCAGCUUAUAAAUUUUCUUUGAUAUAAUUCAAAAUUUUAUAUCAUUCCGUUAUUUUCAAUAGAGCAAUUUUAUCCUACUUUACAUACCUGAUAACUACUGUGCAUAUUUUUUCAUACCUAGUAGCUACAGUUACAGUUCCGGUUUUGUAAGUUAGUCAAGGAGCUUAAAAGCAAAGAGGUACAAGUAACAAAAGAACAGAUUGAUUAGUUAAAUAAUAACUAGACAGACACUUGUAACUCUUUGUUGCUGAAUCUUUAAAAAUAAGAAAGAAAAUUUAUAAUAUUCCGAUAAAA